AUGAUUGGAGAGGAAGACUAUGAUCAUCUCUACAAGCUAGUACUUGUUGGAGACGCGACGGUCGGGAAGACCCACAUAUUGUCGCGAUACAUCAAAGGCACGUUGCCCAAAGCGCCAACGGCCACGAUCGGUGUGGAGUUUGCGACACGGACGGUCAGUCUGGAUGCAGGCUGCGCAGUGAAAGCCCAGAUCUGGGACACAGCUGGACAAGAGAGGUAUCGUGCGAUCACGAGCGCUCACUACAGACGAGCGGUCGGCGCACUGCUCGUGUACGACAUCACGAAACCAGCGACGUUCAAAAGCUGUCAGCGGUGGAUGGAAGAGUUGCGCUCAAACGCCGAACCAGACAUCGUGAUCAUGCUGGUUGGGAACAAGGUAGACCUGGCAGAAAAGAAUCCAGGCGACCGACAGGUCGAUUUCGACGCAGCUGCAGACUUUGCAUCGCAGCAGGGGCUUCUCUUCGAAGAGGCGAGCGCUGUGACUGGCGCGAAUAUCAAGCUCUGCUUCGACAAGCUUCUGAAAGAGAUUUACAACACGACCCAGCAUCGCAGAGAUCGCGAGGAUGAUCCGACGAACAACUUCCAACUGCAGGGCAGGUCCAGCCAGACGGAGUGCGCGUGUUGA